AAAAGGUCCGGGAGAAGUGUCAGCGGCCGGGAGUGGGACCCUGCAGCGCAUUCUUUCCCUGCCAGCGGCUGUCCCCGCGGCUGGGCGGGCUAGGGCUGGGGAAAUGUUGCAGGAGGAGUCGGACCUGUCUCUCGUCAUCGCCCAGAUAGUCCAGAAACUCAAGGGCUCCAAUUUGUACGCUCAGCUGGAACGGCAGGCCUGGGCCUGCCUCCAGAGACCUGAGAUCAGACUUGAGUCACUCAAAGAAGAUAUUAAGGAAUUCUUUAAAGUAUCAGGUUGGGAGAAGAAACUUCAGAAUGCUGUUUAUAGUGAACUGAAUGUGGUCUCUAUUCCCUGUACUCAGGAGGCAGAAGCAGGUGGAUUUCUGUAUCCAUUGCCCAGUCAUCCUUCUGCACCUCCCGAGCAUCUCAAAGAGCCUUUGGUCUACAUGAGGAAAGCACAGGGAAGUUGGGAAAAAAGAAUCUUGAAGAGUUUAAAUAGUAUGUGCACUGAGCUGAGUAUCCCACUGGCACGAAAGAGACCAGUUGGAGAACAGAAAGAACUCCUGAAUAAAUGGAAUGAAAUGGGGACUGACGAGCCAGAUUUAAGCCUUUUUCGGCCUGUUUAUGCUCCUAAGGACUUUCUUGAGGUAUUAAUUAAUCUCCGCAACCCAAAUUAUGAAAAUGGUGAUUCUCUUAGUUUUAGGACUCAUUUGGGUUUAAUCCAAGUUCCUCUGAAAGUAAAAGACAUCCCUGAAUUGAAAGAAUGCUUUGUAGAACUUGGCUUAACCACAGGACAACUGGGUAUAGAUGAUUCUACACAAGUGCCUCCUGAACUUUUUGAAAAUGAGCAUGUACGUAUUGGGCAAAAAGUUCUGGUGCAGCAGGAUAGCGCCGCUGCCCAGCAGUACAUCCGACAAGGGAGUCCCACGGCACUGAGAGCUGAGCUCUGGGCGCUCAUUUUGAAUAUUUCCAGUCAGCCUGAGGACAUCCUGUAUUAUGAGCAACUUAAGACCAAUGUGAUACAGCAUGACCUUUUGGUGGACAGUCUAAUUUAUAAAGAUGUGAAGCUGACAGCAAGCAAUGAUGAUUACUAUUUUGUAUUUGAAGAUUAUUUAUAUCAGGUAUUACUUUGUUUUUCACGGGAUACGUCUGUACUGGGUCAUUUUGCAUACAACAGCGCUUCACCACCGAAAUCCUACAUCAGAGGAAAGCUAGGACUGGAAGAAUACGCUGUCUUUUAUCCACCGAAUGGUGUAAUCCCCUUCCAUGGAUUUUCCAUGUAUGUCGCGCCGCUGUGUUUUCUGUAUCAUGAACCGUACAAAUUGUACCAGAUAUUCCGUGAGAUGUACAUCCGCUUUUUCUUCAGACUCCACUCCAUCUCCUCUCAUCCUUCUGGUAUUGUGUCGCUCUGUCUGCUGUUUGAAACUCUUCUUCAAACCUAUCUUCCCCAACUCUUUUACCACCUGAGAGAAAUCGGAGCUCAGCCACUUCGUAUAUCAUUUAAGUGGAUGGUUCGAGCUUUUUCUGGAUACUUAGCUACAGAUCAACUCUUGCUUUUGUGGGAUAGAAUCCUAGGAUACAACUCUCUGGAAAUUCUUGCUGUGCUGGCAGCUGCCGUGUUUGCUUUCCGAGCAGUGAACCUGAUGGAGGUGACAUCACUGGCUGCAGCUGAAGCAGUUCUGGCUGACCUUUCUACUUUAAAAGUUAUGCCUCUUCUUCAAAUUUUUCUGUUUGCCACUGUUACCUGAUCGUCGAGGUCACUGACAGCACAUCUAGUUUUUCAUUAGAAACUAAUCAUGAACUAUGCAAACUCUGCAUACAACCAAAAUUAAACGUUGCAUAUAAGCCAAUAAAGAUCAUGUUCCCUCCUCAGUUAAAGCUAAGAAGUUUUUCACUUUUUGAAACAGUAACCCUACACACCAAAUACUGUGCUUGCAUGCUGAUGACUGUCAACAGAGAAGCAAUAGACAUCUCUUCUACUGAACCAAGCAUCCUACAUGCACAGAUUCCUUACUUGUAACGGGCACGUACCAUAUAUGCAAUAAGAACUAAAGGCACUAUAAUAAACGUCAAGAGGUAGCACAGCUUCUUGUUGAUUUGUAAACUUCUCCCUAGAUAUAGUUCUAUUUAUCAAUUGCUCCCCACUAAAGCCAAUGAUGGGAUAGGACAUGAAAAGGCUUGGAAACAAUCAUGCAUUUGAGUGGGAAUUCAAUUGUGCUUUGGUACUGUUAAUUAGCUUUUAAUUUAUGCUGGAUUUUCAGAUCCUUCCACUUUAUUUCUCCAUUAAAUAUCUCCAUUUGAAAAUUCAUACAGAUAUCUCCAUCCCAUACUUUUUGGGACAGUUUUAUAUAGCCCAGGCUAUCCUCAAACUCACUGUGCAGCAGAGGAUGACCGAAUUCCACAUCCUCCUGCCUCCAUCUGCCAAGUGCUGGGAUUGCGGGUGUUUUGCACCACUGCCUCCAUCUUAUAAUAUCUUACUCUUCACGCUGGAAGUCGGAAAUGUAUAGAGGGCUCCCUUUGCACUCCCUAACCUUACGUCUUUCACAUAGAAGCCUGGACACUGCUGAGGCAUGGUGUCAGAGUCUGUUUCCUUGGAAGAAUCUAAGAAGGAAGGAUGAAAAUCACAUUGGCUAUGCUGAAGCUCAGUCCUUCCAGAUUGACUUCUGGAGCAGAACAGCUCAGACACACCACAAGUGUUCGUUCAUUCUAGAACUGAAGCCAGUAUUCAAGGGAUUGGGUCUUACUUAGUGUUCAUUAUGAGCAAAAGUUUUGUUUUAUAUUUCUUUAAAGAUAUACCAUUUCAGUAUAUGGAAUAAUAGGAUGUGAAAAAAUAUUGUCUUCUAAUUUUAGAUGAAAAUUGAAGAUGCUGGUCACUUUAAUAAAACUCAAAUAAACUAAUAGAUUGAUACUCUCAUCUGAAAUUUUAUUAAAUCUCAUCAAAUGUAUCUUAGGAAUCUGUUAUUUUCACAGCAUAUCUUAUUAAAUUCAACGUAGUAAUUCAAGUGCAGUGAAAUUAAAUUAGAUAUGAAGAAUUUACUGAAAAAUAUAAAUUCUCUUAUUCAUCAGUGUUUCCUGACUUACUGAAGACUAAAUAAUUUGUUCUGUGAUUGAUUCUUUUUUUUUUAAAUUUAUUUAUUAUGUAUACAAUAUUCUGUCUGUCUGUAUGCCUGAAGGCCAGAAGAGGGCGCCAGACCUCUUUACAGAUGGUUGUGAGCCACCAUGUGGUUGCUGGGAAUUGAACUCAGGACCUUUGGAAGAGCAGGCAAUGCUCUUAACCACUGAGCCAUCUCUCCAGCCCUCUGUGAUUGAUUCUUAACAAACCCACAUGUUAUUGUUUUUGAAAGUGGCACAUUCAUGUCAUAUGCCUUGCUGUUGUGCAUGUCCAGAUGCACCUCCAUGGAGGGACAAACAUGACUCCAGGCCUAGUGCCCCUCCCUUUGUCACAGUGGCAACAAUAUUAGGAAGAAGUUGCGUUUUAAAUGAUUAGUAGAUGUUUAUAGACAUGGCCAUCUUUAAACGUUUUAAAGAUGAUGUGAACUCACUAGUUAGAGACAUUGCAGUUGUCUGAGACACUAGAUUAGGGACCUUUGCUCAUACUAUAUGUUCCUAAAUAAUUAGAUCUCUGUUAUUGGCAAUUGAGAGGGAGACCAGACAAAUGAUUAAAAAAUAUUGUUCCUGCUGUGUUUGCCUUAAAAAAUUGUAAAGGACCCAUGAGAAAAUAUACCUGAAAGUGAUUUUUAAUGUAAAACAUCGAUUCCAUAUGUAUUAAUUUUUAUGUGACAGUUUGAUGUCAACAGCUGGAAGGUAACAUAUGAAGAAUGCCCGCUUCAUUGGCAUGUGUGUUGUAUUUCCUGACAGCUUGAGAUUAUGUCUAUUGAGAAACCAAUCAUUACCUGAUAGAUACUUUCAUUCAGUGCACUUGGCUCUGACUCUUAGUCCCAGACCAAAGCUGCUAGGCAACUUCUCAUUUUGCCCCUCUGGCAAACCCCAUCCAGCUGCCCUUAGCUGCUGGAAGCACUACCAAGAGAGCAGUCAGGUCAUCCUCCUACUCCAAGCAGGGCCUCUUCAGACCGCCUCACUUGGCCUUCUUCCACCAGCAUUCCUCUGUGUCAUCUCCGAUCAAUCACCAACGCCCCCUUCCCUUCUGCUCGGCCAGUGACCACAGGGCUCUGGGAGACUAGGGGUGCAGGGCUAAUGGUCAUAGACACAGUGAAGUAGCUUCUCAGGCAGGUUGUUUUGGUUCUUUUGAACUCAGUCCACUACCAUGCACCACAGUUUCGUGUCUGGAAGAGCCUGUCCGACGACCAUCUUUGGAUCAGGAUGCUCUGCUACUGCAGCUUCCUGGCUAGGAAUGCCCAGUUUGACUUAACUGUCUAGUGCUUCCUGCUCAGCCUGGGCUCUCCUCCCACUCUACAGGGAGAAGAGAGACCAAUAAGCUUGUACCUUCUCUGCCCUCUAAUCCAAAGUUUAGCUCGGUCCUCAUACUUCAUUUCUUCCUUGUCUCAAGAAGUCUCUCUACAGCUCUCUAAAUGCUGAUCCAUUUGAGUUAUUCCUGUGCUUACAAAGUUUGACUCCUUGUUGCUUAAAAGAUGAAGUCCCCACUCAUAAGCAUAGAAUAAUUCCUGAUAGUCUGGACUUUCCAUUUCCUUGUCCCAUGAUGAGCCAUUCCCAUACACCUCAACUUCAGCAAAAGCAUGAUCUUCAGCCCCUUCUGGCUGUUUUGUUCAUUUUACCUCUGCAUAAGGAACUCUCAUACUCCAGGCCCCACUCAGAAAAACUCCUCUGUUGCUAACAUAUGCUGCAUCCUGCACAUUAGAAUUAUUUCUGUGUCUUUGCUCAUCCAUUUAUGUACUUGUAACAGUGGGCAUUCUUCAGGCAACUGGCAUUAACUUCCUGGCUGCCCAAGUCAUAAGAAGAGAUUGUCUACAUGUUUUUGCAUUUCUUGAAUUGUUCCAAAAUUGGAAUACAUUUUUGCUAAACACAAAUAUCUAGUCUCUCUUCUUCCACUAAGGCUUCUCCUUGCAGUUUGUCUCUUCUCUGUGUGCUUCAGGCCUCACAGAGUCCUCCCUCCAAGUUCUCUGGGCUGGCCAAGCAGUCACAUGUGCUGUCCCACCGGCCAUUGAAUGGCUUUGAGAUCAACUCAGAGUCUAUGACCGGUGAGAGCUAGGGACACUUGGUUAGAGAACUCUGGUGUAAACUUUCAGGGAAACUGACUGUGAGAAACAAUGUGAUCACAUGGAAAGAAGAAAAGCUGCUCUCGGUCUUUGUGGAUCCCCAGAACACACCCCCGUGGGCUCCAUGGACCCUUUUGUACAUAAGCCAAAGGAUUUUUAUUUGCAAUAGAAAGGAUCCUGACUUCUAUGAUUACUUUCCUUUGAGGGUUGAGAUCCAGUAGGUGUAGAAACCCCAUCUAUCCACUGUUCAAACUGGUGUAGAACUUCUAAACUUCUUCAGUCAGGGCGAAACUGUGGCCUUAUGAGGAUAAAGCCUAUGUUCCGUGCCUACCUGAUGUACCUUACAAGGGUCUUUGACCUUUGGCCUUUUGUCAUAUAGCUCCAUGGCUCUGAAUGCUUUCUCUUCUCUUCUCACCUAACUCUAACUUGUACCUCAGAACCUAACUCAGGUGCUGCAUCAUCAGGAAGAAUGCUCCUCAUACCCUCAAUCAGCCCAAGGUGUGCUAGCCAGUCUUCGCUUGUCUUUCUUUUCUGCUCCAUGGUAACUCCUUGAGGGCAGUGAUGGUCUCCUUUCAGCUUUUCAUCUCUAGCACCCAGCAUAGUCCUUGCCCCACUAACAGUAUAAUGAAUGUUUGCAGGUGAAUGCGUAAGGUCUUCUAAUUUGACGAGGAACGUUGUUCAAAGUGAUAACUUGCCCAGCCGCAUGUAGCCAUUUUACCUCUAGUUUCCUACUGAGGAAGUUUCAAAGGGAAUAAUAUCUUUAGAGAAGAAAAAUUACUGCCUCUUUUUUUUAUUUAAGUGAAUAUGUAUACAAUAAAGCUGUACAUAUGUAAGGUAGAACUCGCUUUAAGUGUACAGUUCUGUACAAAUGUGCGUACCUACGUCACCACUUUUGACAAUUGUGUGCAGAAUGUUUGCAUUUCCCUUUGUCCCCUCCUGUUGAGACCCCUGCACACUCACGCACACUCACUUCAGUCACAGAACUGUGGCUAGUCCUAAAGAGCAGGGUCUGUCCUCUAGACGUCCCCUCAGCCCUCUUGUGUUGGGCUUGCUGCACUUGCUCUAGCGUGCUGACAGUGCUGAGGGACAGGUAUGGUCAAGUGCACAUCUUCAUAGGGACAGGCGGCUCCCUUCCCCCAAGGCAAUUGCUGGCAGUUCAUUUCCGAGCCAUGUGUAAGCACUUGUUUACUUUUCUAAGAAGUCACUGAGUUCCUUUGUGCGGUGAUUCCACCAUCUUCCAUUCGCACCCACAACACCUUAGUUGUGGUGGCUCCAGGUCCUGGUUGUCACUGUUAGCUAAGCUAUCAGGAGGCCAUUCUCUUCCUGUUAGUUCCCCAGUUAGGUAGAACAACAUCUUAUUCUGCUCAGUCUUUUGUCCGUGUGAAAUUAAUUACCUUCUCCUAACACUGUAGGACUUCUUUAUUGUGGGUGUAGCUUAGAAAUCCCAUUCUGUGGGUUAUCCCAUAUAUUUUUUAAAAUCAUUCCUUUUUUUCUUUUAAAUUUUUAAAUAAAAGUUUGCUUUCAUUCAUAUUUACAUGCAAUUCUUUAUUUUCCCACACAGAGUACUGAUUAAACUAUCUUUUUCAAGAGCAAAAACUUUAAUUUUAUUGAAAUCAAAUUUAGCUGUUUUUUUCUUUUUUGCAUACUAUCUAUAAAAUCUUUGUUUAACUCAAAGUUACACAUACUUUAUCCAUGUUUUCCUCUAUAAACUUUAUAAUUUUUCUCAUUCAUUUUGGUCUAUUGUUUUUAAGAUUUUUUUAGUGUGUGGUAAGUUAGGGCUGAGGUUCAUGUUUUCACGCUGGACACCCACCAUUUGCUUAGCAGACCGCUUUCUCUUCUACAUCAGACCUCUACAGAGGCAGGAGGAGGUAGCUGGUGUCAGGACUUGAUUUUGUUUCCUAUGGAUCUGUGUCUGUCUUUCUGUAACAGCAUAACAUCUUAAUUUUUGUGGAUCUAGAGCAAGUCUUGGGAUUGACAGUGUAACUGUUCACUUAUGUCAAAAUUAUUUAAGAUGUUUCAGUAUUAUUGCUUUUCUAAAUAACUUUUUCCACAAAAGAGUUUGUUAGGAUUUUUUUUAAUAACAUUUGCUCUAUAAAUAGCUUUGGAAACAAUUGAUAUCAUAAUACUGAGUUGUCCAAUCCUUGAGCACAGUAUAUUUCCCCAUUUACUUAGGGUUUUUUUAAUUUUCACUCAAUAAUAUAUUGUAGUUUUGAGUGAGAAAUUCUUGCACGUAUUUUGUUAAAAUUAUCCCUAGUUAUUUCUUGUUUAUUUUUACUGUAAAUUAUAUUUUUAACUUUCAAUUUCCGGUGGUUUGUUGUUAAUAUACAGAAGUACAACUGAAUUUUCAUAUUGACCCUGUAUCCUAAGACCUUCAAAAAAUACUUCUGUUAUCCUUUUUUGUAGCUUCCCUAGGAUUUCCUACAUAUAUAGUAUAUCAACUGCAAAUAAAGAUAAUAUUGCUUCUUUCAAA